AUGGGAGUCGAUCAGGUAGAGCCGAUGUUCAAAUACCUCAAGCAAACCUUUUCCGGCAUUCAAUUGGUCGUUGUCAUUUUACCAGGAAAAACACCGGUUUAUGCCGAAGUGAAGCGUGUGGGUGAUACCGUGCUUGGAAUUGCUACACAGUGUGUACAAGCUAAAAAUGUGAUCAAAACGACACCGCAGACCCUGUCGAAUCUGUGCUUGAAGAUGAACGUCAAAUUGGGUGGAGUUAACAGUAUUCUCUUACCUGCUGUUCGCCCAAGAAUUUUCAACGAGCCGGUGAUAUUCUUCGGUUGUGAUAUCACACAUCCUCCUGCUGGAGACUCGCGUAAACCGUCUAUCGCGGCCGUUGUAGCAAGUAUGGAUGCGCAUCCGAGCAGAUAUGCGGCCACGGUUCGAGUACAGCAACAUCGUCAAGAAAUCAUUUCCGAUUUGACAUAUAUGGUUCGAGAGCUGCUUGUGCAAUUUUAUCGUAAUACACGCUUUAAACCUACGCGCAUUGUUGUCUACAGAGAUGGGGUGUCUGAAGGGCAGUUCUUCAAUGUUCUGCAAUACGAGUUACGAGCAAUGCGCGAGGCUUGUAUGAUGCUGGAAAGCGGUUAUCAACCAGGAAUCACCUUCAUCGCUGUCCAAAAGCGACAUCAUACGCGUCUAUUUGCUGUUGAUAAAAAGGACCAAGUUGGUAAAGCUUUCAAUAUUCCACCGGGUACAACUGUUGACGUCGGCAUUACUCAUCCAACAGAGUUUGAUUUUUACCUCUGCUCACAUGCGGGUAUCCAAGGAACAUCUCGUCCAUCGCACUAUCAUGUGCUAUGGGAUGAUAACGAACUUACUGCUGAUGAACUUCAGCAGCUCACGUAUCAGAUGUGUCACACAUAUGUACGAUGUACUCGUUCGGUCUCAAUACCAGCACCCGCUUAUUAUGCACAUCUAGUAGCUUUUCGUGCUCGGUAUCAUCUUGUCGACAGGGAACACGACUCAGGAGAAGGCAGUCAGCCGUCGGGCACCUCAGAGGAUACUACACUUUCGAAUAUGGCAAGAGCCGUACAGGUACGUGGUUUUUCAGUAACGCGCAGUAGUCUUUGGGGCGCUGUAGUACUAUGUGAUAGCAAGCGUCGUUAG